UUCCAUUUAGUGGACUCCAACUGGGGAUGUUUUGUGUACUAUGAAAGAGAAGUGCAGAUUGGACGGUUGCAAGUGAAACACAGCGAUAUGUACAUAGAUGGUGGAUUUGGCCAAGCUUCGAACCGGUACUGUUUGGGGCGAGAAAACAAUCCACUACGGGAACAGGAUUGCCAUCUUGUCAGGCAAACCAUCGGAGAUGGCAUACGUCUGUCUUUCAAAGAAAAUGGUGAUGUAUGGGUUCAAGUUUAUACGGGGCGUGCCAUAUUUGUCCAUUCUCACUAUCUAGACAGAGAAUCGGGGAGGAGUACCGGUGAUGUUGUACAUAAAGUGUAUCCAGGAGCAAAAAUCAAGAUUUUCGACUUAAAUAAUGCAAAAGCCAUUCUCCGACAGCAUAUGGUCGCCUGUCAAAUGGCUAAGGAGUACUUAGCUGGUCAGAAGACUCCUAUGGACGAUUUAUUCAGGAUGUAUAAAAAAGAUAAACUUGACGAGGAAGCCAAGAAAGGUGCUGACGACAUGAAGCGAUUUUGCGUCGCGCGAAUUUCUUUCGUCAAAGGUUGGGGACCGGAUUACAGCAGGAAAACUAUAAGCGAGUGUCCCUGCUGGAUCGAAAUCAAAAUGAACAGGUAA